AUAUUGUAAAUGUGACGUGUAUAUGUGAGGAGCGGGAAGAGGGAUUAAAGAAGUGAGAGAGAUUCUAGAAAAAAAAAACCAACCCAAAACGAGGUGAAAGAAGGAGGAGUUUUAAUGAGUGAGUGAAGGUAAGAGGUAAGACAGUGAGGGAACAGGAUUAUUCUACGCCAUAUUUUCUCUCUCUACACACAUGCUCUCGUAUGGUUGUAGUUGAGAUUCUUUUCUGACUCUACGCAUUUAGAGAAGAAAAAAAAAAACAACAAACUUAUCCGUCACCUCAGCUCGUUAUUAGAGCGUUGGGGAAAGUUUCUGCUUUUUUUUUCUACUUUGCGCAUUAGUAGCAGAGUAAUUUUUAUUUGAAUAUAGUUUUACAUCUUAUCAACAUUAAGCAAAAGUAAAAAACAAAAAUGAGUGACAAGGAAAACGAGAGGAGCCGUUCAGCCUCCAGAGAAUCAAAAAUAUCUGAAAAAUCUCACCAAUCUGGUUCUCAUAAGUCGGAAGCCUCUCGCUCCUAUUCAAGGUCUCCAACUCCAAAAUCUGCUCGUUCUCAGAGAUCUGCCUCCCGAUCUCGUUCUCGAUCAAGAUCCCAGUCACGUUCACCAUCUCGUUCCAGAUCUAGAUCAAGAUCUCGAUCAAAGCAUAGACAUAGGAGAUCAUACAGCAGAUCAAGAUCAAGAAGUCGAAGCAGACGGUACUGUUCUCGUUCUCGGUCACGAACUCCUUACUCACAGAGACGUAGAUACUCAAGAAGCAGGAGUCGUUCUUACAGUCGUGGACGCUACUCCCCCUACUAUUACAGAGAUGGAUACAAUGACAGAAGACGUGGUUAUUAUCGCACCCAUUGCAGAUCUCCAAUGUCUAGUCGUCGCAGGCUUGGUGGGAGCCGAGUAAGUGAGGACAACCCUGAGCCUUCACGGUGUCUCGGUGUUUUUGGUCUCAGUUUGUAUACACAAGAAAGAGAUCUCAGAGAGGUUUUUACUCGAUAUGGUCCAGUCGAAGAUGUCCAGGUUGUCUAUGACAGACAGUCUGGCAGAUCACGAGGCUUUGCCUUUGUGUAUUUUAGAGCCACACACAAUGCCAUGGAGGCGAAAGAUAGGUGCAACGGAAUAGAAGUUGAUGGUCGAAGAAUUAGAGUUGACUAUUCCAUUACAGAAAGAGCUCAUACUCCAACACCUGGUAUUUACUUAGGGAAACCAACUUCAGAAGGCAGAGGUAAACGUUCUCCAUCUCCUUACUAUCGACGCAGUGGAAGUCGUUACUCUAGGUCCCGUUCCAGAUCAUUUUCUCCCCGUUAUGAAGAAAGAAAUGAAAUGGGCUGGUGAAGAAAGAACUCUGAAAUCAGGGGAUUGAACGUGAAGAAAGAAUGAACUGAGAAGAAAAAUCUGAAUAGGCUGAAUGAAAAUCAUGGAAGCUAAGAAAAAUGAGAAAAAUAAUUUAUAAAAUAAUAAAAAAAAUUUGAAGAUAAUGAGUUGGUGAAUUAAGAAGUGGGAAUGAGAAAAUGGGUUUGAUAUGCCAAGAUAGAAGUCUUUAGCUGUGUAAAGAAGCCAGAAGAUCGCUUGGAAUCGAGCAGAUGGGUAACAUUUUUAUUCCAAUUUUGAUUUAGCUGACUGCUGACUAUUUUAGACUGAACUGACAUAGGAUAUUCUUGCUUGUCUUGUUUUGUUAAAACACAAGUUGCUAAUUUCUAAAUUUAGGCUUUUAAACUUUAUAAUGUUAUAUCACCUUCAUUUUAUAAAAAAAGUUUCUGGGGUCUUUAUCAGAUGUAAGUUACAUUGAGGUGUGGUGGUACCAUUUCUGUAAAUUUAAAAACAUUCCCAUUCUUUUAACUUAUCAGUUCUUAAUUCAAAUAUUAUAGAUAUGGGCACUUUUUCUUUUUUUUUUUUUACUCUUUUCAAGUUCACUGAAAUUUUGUCUUUUUUCUUAACUUCAUAGUUCUUUUAAGCUGAGAAAACCUGUGGUUUUGCUGUUUAGCAAGACUGUGUAAUACUUUCUGGUUUUAAUAAACUUAUUAAAAGGAUCUGGUGGUUAUUAUUCACACCAAUUUGACAUUGACACUUGCAAAAUUAGAUUGGCCAAAUUGGAAACAGUUGAUCUAUUAGUAUUCCCUGCUCUAGUAAAAUUUCGACUGGAUCCUUAGUUGAGAAGAGAAAACGUUAGGUUCUGUAGGUUUUGUUCUUUGCGUAUGGAUUUACCUCCCAUUACAGAGAAUUAUAGUGGAAAUGGGUGUGUGCCUUACAUGAAAUGGAAUAUAAUAGAUGAGUGAACUUGGCAAUAUUGCUUGAAAUGAAAGUGAUGCAUCUUAAGGUGAAAACUUUCUUACUAUAAUAGCACUGAAACUUCAAUUUUUUUUUUUUUUUAAUUUCUGCUUUUAUAUGGUUACUUGUUUGCUUGUUUAGGGCAAGACUUGUUUUCUUUUCAUAAUUUGUCAAACAUUAUACGUUAAAGAUAAAGAUAAUAACCAUCUAAAAUUAAGGUAAUUUGUUGCCUUAUAUUUAGUCAUUUCUUCAUUACAAAAGACAAGAUCUAACUUUAGAUUUGAGCACAUUACAUUUUCUAUUUCAAUCUAAAAUUUUACUCCCACAAUAACUUCAGCUCAAAAUUUAACUCAGUAAGAGCCAAGACAAUUUUUUUUUAUCACAUUCGAAUUAUAUUGCCUGUGAUCUUUUUGCAGCAGCAAGUAUGAAACUUAAUGAUGAAGAACUAUUUGUUAACGAAGACCCAUCACUAUUGUUGCCACUCCUUAGAGCUGUCUUUCUCCUUGUGAACAGAACAUCACCUCAUUACAUUACAUAUCACGACACUUUGGAUACAAAGCUGACUGUUAUGUUAAGAAUGAAGGAGAUGGCAGUACUUAAUUUACAUACUCUAAUGAAGCUUAUCAAAGAAGUACAUAAAUUUUUGAAUGGGGCAAAUUCUACAUAGAAGUGAAAAUUGGUCAGUAUAAAUAUGAAAUUUCUGUUUAGUGUAUAUAUAUACAUAGACAUAUAUAUAUACCCAGUUCUUUGAUUAACUCUAAAUCUUGGCAAUCUAGACAUAAAAUAGGUUGUUUGCUGAAUGUUGACUUGACUCAACUAAAUUUGAGAUUGAUAGUUGAUAUUUAUAAUCUUGAGUUACACUAAUCUGCUGGAAACUUGCUUUGAAUUGGAUUUGUUAGAAGCAAUGUCUUUUAACUUGGAGGUUCAUACUUCAAACACCUCCGCUAGAAAGCUUACCAUAAAAUACUGAAGUUGGCUGAAAAGUUUAAAUUGAAAUUACUGUCCUGCUGAAUAUUUCUCAAAUGGAAAAUGUACAAUGUCAUUGAAGAUGAUUUGGCUUUGAUAGGAAAAUCUGUUUGAAAAUUAACAAUCAAAUUUAAGAAAGAAGGUAAGUAGUGGUGUUUCUCUGCAUCAUGCAGUGUAUACUAUAGCGGUCAUUUUGGAUUCUAAGUUACAACAGUUAUUUAUAAAUUAAUGUUGUAAGCUCAAGUAUUCAGUAACCAUAUAUUAGACACAGCUUUGUAAGCUUUAUUAUAAGUUGAAAUGUUCUGUAUUGUGUGUGAAGUUUCAAAUGGCCUAAAGUGAUUUGUUGUCAAAUCUUUCAAUUGUAUGUGCAAAUAGAAUUUAUUUCCAUUGAUUGCUUAAUGUUUUAAAGAACAGUUAUACUUUCUUUACACACAUUUUCAUAUGAAAGUAAGCCACCAUUUGUCAACUUAAUAGUAAUAUUUUAAGCAAUGUUGCUACUUGUUAAGCACUAGCAAAUCUUGGGGAUGUUGACACUGAUUUAUUCCCUUGCUGUUCAGGCUUGAUGAACACUUGAAGCACUGGAGGUAAUAAAGGUAAUGGUCUUUUAGUGUUUCUUCGUUUCAGCUAAUUGCUGUAUUAUGGCAGAAAUAAAAAGGUUCUUCUUUUUUUUAAA